AAGGCGGAAGUAGAAGCGCAAGGGGAAGGCGGAGGAGGCCGCGGAGGCUCCUUGGGGCUCUCGGGUUAGGCCCCGGUGAGGUUUUUCUGUUUCGGCCCUGGGUUAGGCCUCGGUUCAGCACCCGGUCCAGGCCCCGCCGCGUCUCCCGGCAGCGGCCCCGCGGUCGAUGAGCGGCGGGAGGUGGCGGAAGCCGCCGGCAGAGAUGGUGCAGCCCGGGGGAAGCGGCCCGGAGGGGACCGGCGGAGGCGGAGGAGCGGGAACGGGAGCGGCGGAGGCCGGGGAUGAGGCGGCGGCGGCAGUCGUGGCGGCGGACGGAGGAGUCCCUGUGGAGGUGACGAGCGCCGAGGUGCUGCAGAGGCUGCUGGUGGAGAACAGGGAGCUGAAGGCCGCCCUGCGCCGCAGCAGUGAGGGCCUGCGGGGACGCUGCGAGGAGCUGCGGCGGCUGCGUGCGGCGGCCCGGGCGGAGCGAGAGCUGCUGCGGGGCUGUGCCGGCCAGGCCAGGGCCCUGGUGGGGAGGCUGCGAGCGGAGCGCGACCAGGAGAGGGCCGGCAGGGACGGCUCCGGGGCCACCUCCACUGCUACCACGCCCUCUGCUGACCCCCAGGAGGAGGAGGCUCCUCAGGACCUCCAGGAUGUCACCAAGCCACCCCCAUUUCCCCCUGACUCCAGCUCCACGGAGCAGCUGCAGCAGAGGCUGGCGGUGGCUGAAGCUGAGCUGGUGGCAGCUCGAGGGGCAGUGGCAGAGGCCGAGGCAAGAGCAGAGCAGCAGCUGCAGGCCCUGAGACGCCAGCUGGAGCAGGACAAGGCCGCGGUCAAGGCCCAGGUGACCUCCCUGCUGGGGGAGCUGCGCGAGAGCCAGGCCAGGCUGGAGAGCAGCCGCAGGCAGCGCCAGGAGCUGGAGCAGAGGUGCCAGGAGGUGGCCGCGGGCCAGGCCCUGCAGCUGGAUCAGCUCCGUCUGCAGGUGCAGAACCUGGAGACAGCCCUGAGGGUGGAGCGCCAGGGAGCCACCGAGGAGAAGAGGAAGUUGGUGCAGCUGCAGGUCGCCUACCACCACCUCUUCCAGGAGUACGAUGCCCACAUCAAGGCCACCACGGCGGAGGGGGACAAGCAGGGACAGGGCCCCUGGGAGGAGCUGGCGGCGGCCCAGGCGCGGCUGCAGGCGGCGGAGGAGGCGCUGGUGGCCAAGCAGGACCUGAUCGACCGCCUGAAGGCCGAGGCCGAGCGGCAGCGAGCGGCGCUCGACACCAUCCCUGUGCUGCAGGCGCAGGCUGACAUCUUCAAGGCUGACUUCGAGGCGGAGCGAGCAGCCCGGGAGCAGCUCCACGCCCAGCGAGAGGCACUGCAGGAGGCCCUGGAGCAGCUGCGCCUGCGGCUGGGCACCGACGGCAGCCCCAGGUCCCGCAUGGAGGAGCUGCGGCAGCGCCACUCCGACCUGCGCCCCGCGGUGCCCCUGCCAGGGGGUGAGUGGAGACCUCCAUAGCCCCCUCCCCAAAUGACUUAGGGGGGUGUGUGUUUUGGGGGGCUCCGGGCAGCCCCCCCCGAGGAGCCAGAGCUGAGCUGCCCCAAGUGCCAGUACAGGGCCCCAGACAUGGACACGCUGCAGAUCCACGUCAUGGAGUGCAUCAAGUGAGGGGGUGGGGGGAGGAGGAGACCCCCACCC